CGCUCCCUUUGCCGUACCUGCUGUUUUGCAUGAUGACCCUUCUUAACUUUUAUUACGCAGCUUGCGUCGGUAGUCUAUUCGUGAUCACGUUAUAGGCUUGUCGUUCUUUUAAUCAUCACGGGGUGAGGUAGGCGUGUCACCCUGAUAGGCUACGUGAACGAGGAUUUUGAAAGAAGAUUGCAGAUUCACCAGCAAAAAUGAUAUUCGGAAGACUAUCCUUUUCUCAAAUUGCACUGGUGACUCUCAUCGGAGUUGCUGGGGGAGUAUAUGUGUACAAACCAAUCUAUGAGCAGUAUAACAAAGAACAGAGGUUACUAAAAGAAAAGACAGAACAAGGAGAGCUGGGAGAGCAGAAGGGAAACCUGAACAGCAAACCAGACUGUGGGUGCCAUCAUUAACCCGGGUUCAAAUCCCAGCUCAGCCACUGACUCACUGUGUGACCCUAAGGAAGUCACUUAACCUCCUU